GAAUUCAAUAAUUCAGAAUUUUACAUUGAGUUUCCUAUGGCCCUUUUUACGAUUCACCACCCGGUAUAAGAUAAAAUGUGUACUAUUUGUCUAAUUAUUUCAUAAUAACACAAAUAAUACACAUAUAUACACAAUAACACACAUUCAAUGAUCGAAAAUCAUUUAAAAAUAUGGGAAUGUAAACUCUUGUGACGUAAAGUCAAAAAUAUAAGUCUCCCCACCACCGUCGGACAAGACAACCGUAAUAAAGUCUAAUAACCGUGGGAUCGGAUAUGCUGAAUAUAAAUAAGAAGAAAAGUAGAUAUUUAAGGUUAAGAAGGUUAUAUUUGUUUUACAGUACAGCACGUUACAGUUUACAAAAAUAUGAAAUCCUGAAUUAGGAUUUAACAGGAUUCCUGAUCUCCCGAUGUGUGCAAUGGUCAGCAAAAAUGACAUACCUAUAGAUAUUCUCGAUUUAUUUCGAGAUAAAAAGUUAGUGAAAAUAUGUGCCCCCAUGGUACGCUACAGCAAAUUACAAUUUAGAAACCUUGUCAAACUGUAUAACUGUGAUUUAACAUUUACUUCUAUGAUUUUGGCAGAUUCUUUUUGUCAAAGUGCAAAAGCCAGGAGUAAUGCAUUUACCACAAAUUCUUUAGAUACUCCUGUUGUUGUACAAUUUGCAUCAAAUACUGUGCAUGAUUUCGUAGGUGCAGCAUAUUUAGCAUCUCCACAUUGUAAUGGAGCAGAUUUGAAUUGUUGUUGUCCGCAGAGAUGGGCAAGAGAGCAGGAAUUGGGUUGCGAUAUGUUAAAGAAGCCAGAAUUAAUUUAUGAUAUGGUUCGCCAAUGCAGAAAUCACGUUUUGAAACCUUUCACUGUAAGUGUAAAAAUGCGACUGCUGUGUGGUGAAAAACAUAUGGUUAAUAUUUGUAAACAAUUAGAAAUGUGUGGUGUUAGUUUUUUAACUAUUCAUGGUCGUACUUCUUACCAAAAUGUGGGUGAUAUUAAUAAGGACACUUUAAAGUUAAUAAAUGAUACUUGUUCUUUACCUGUGAUAGCUAAUGGAUGUGUGACAACAUUAGAUGAUUGUUACAAAUUACAAGAGUAUACAGGAUGUAAGGGUGUAAUGGUUGCGAAUGGUAUCCUGACCAAUCCUACAAUAUUUACUGGAAACUUAGAAACAACUCUGGAUUGUAUACAAAACUGGUUAGAUAUUUGUUAUAAUAGUUCUUUGACAAUGGAUCAAUAUCUUAAGGAAAGCAACAAGCCUAGUCAAAUGAUUCAAGAAAAACCAUAUAAUUUAAUAUAUCAGUGCUUUCAUCACCAUUUAGUGUUUAUGUUAGAAAGGAUAUUGCCAAGGAAGCAGAAGAGAUACUUUAAUAAUUUAAAAACUUUUAAAAGUGCUUUAGAAUUUUUAGAUGAAUAUUUUCAUUUAAAACCUAGAUUAUUUGAACUUGAGAAAUAUUUACAAUAUACAAAUUUUAAUAUAGAUUAUUCAGGUAGGGAAUUGUUAUAUCAAAAUUUAAAACCAGAUAACUUGACUACAAAUGAAGAUUUUAACCUAUAUAACUCAGAAAACACAGACGGGCAGUAUUUUACAUCAAAAACUAACAAUGAUACUUGUGAUUGGUCAGACAUAUUUCUUGAAAAUGGUGGAGGCGAUUUGAAAUUGAUGUCAAAAUAUUAGUUUUUUGAAUGAAAAAUACAGACAAACUAUAGCUCAGCGUGAAAAAAUGUAUAGAAGGUAAAGUGAAUAAAAAGUAGUCAAAAAUAUACUGUGCAAAUUUCAGAUUAAUCCAUGUAGCCUUACUAAUGUAGCAAGUUACCAAUUUUAACAUAUGACUUAGCAUUAUGCAUUACUUUUUAGUGUUGGUAGGUAUAGUUGUUCCAUUAUAUCUUUGCACAAAUAUCAUGAUUUAUUUUUGAACAAGUUUAAUCAAAACAUUAAGUGAAAUGUAUGUCGAUAUGUAAUUUGAUAUGAACUGUCAAUGUAAUAAUUAGGAAAUGGCUAUUAUCAGUGGAUGUAUUUUAUAAAGUUAUAUUGUACAUUUAUAUUUAGCUAUGUUCUAAUAUAUUUAACACAAUAUAACUUUAUAAAAGAAACACAAUAAAGUUAUAAAUUCCAAUAAAAACAAUAAAUGCACUAAUAUCACUGUCACUGAAAAUAAUGUAGAUCAAAAUUCAUAGUAAACAAUGUAUCAAAGA